AUGGAAAGGCACUUGGUCCAAGCCAGCACACACGCAGGAGAGGAGGUGGGCUCUCCCACUGUCGCUUUCAAGUACUCCAGCGAUUUUUGUCCCACGCCUUCACUUCAAGAUAGUGGCUAUUGUGAGUUAUUAAAAGGUUGCAGAUUUGGUAGUGCAGAUAAAGAUUCUUGUGGAAAGAAACAGAAAGGCACAGCCUUAACCCCAGAACACCCUGAAAGUUCAAGUUUUGGUUUCACAUAUCCGUUAGCAUCUCCCACUCAAAAAAAGAGAUUUGCCUCCUCUUGGAGGGAGAGGGAGAACACUCCAGAAUUUUGUGAAACACAAAAAAUCAGUAGAAAAAAAUGUUUGCUGCGGAGAAGAUUGAACCUAUCUUUUGCUCUCCUGGAGGGGAGCUCUGAAUCACAAAAUAGUUUUCUGGACAGUAGUGCGAGCCAUGAUCUCAAUGAAGAAAAAAGUAUUCCAAACAGUGCUUCAGGGUUUCCAAGGCAAAAUAAUUUUAGUUCUUUAGUUACCAGCACUUUAAAACCAGAAGAAGCUACUUCCAGCAGUCAGAAACUGAGGCAUACUUUUUCACAGCAGAAGACUUCCACAGUAGGUGAUUCCCAGGAUGACUGUGGCCUAUUUGAGGUUGAGUGUCUGUCCCCAAUCCAGGGCAGCAGUUUUAAAGACUCUAUCACAUACGACUAUAGUGGCAGCAGCAGUUUAAGUAUUAACGAUGAGAAUACAUAUCCUCAACUUCUGGACUCCUCUGCUAGCAGAACAACUUGUGGAACAGAUGAAGACAUAUUUGUAACUCCAAUAAGUGAUCUUGUCGCAAACAUUAAAUUCAAGGCAAAUAUAUCACUUUCUUCUCCAACUGAAGUGAAACAGAAUGCUUCAACGCCUGAAGACAGUGGCUUUAACUCACUUAGCUGGGACAAAUCUGAAGAUUCCCUUUCUGAUCAGGAGAGCUCUUUUCACGAACUACUUCAGAAACCCAAGGGAGCUCUCAAGGCGGGGGACACCAUAAGAAGGUCCAGGCAUCUAGGAAGGUUAAGAAGAUUGUCCACCCUUCGAGAGCAAAGCUCACAGUCAGAAACAGAAGAAGAAAAGCAGAUUCCCCACUCUGACUCUGAAACCAAAUUUGCAGCUGCUCCAGACAGCUCUGAAAGUCAGUCUACCCUCUGUAAUGAGAAUGGGGACUUUGUUUUAAGCUUUAAGAAUUUAUCUAAUACCCCAGCCCUGCAAUUAGUGCGUGAGCUCUUCAAGAACAGCAAAAAGAAAAGAUUCCAACAAGACGGGACUCAUGAGUGCCUGGAACAAGGAGAUGGAGGGAAAAUAGCAGUAUUACAGUGUUUACUUGCAGGAUUGAUUGGCAAGAAAAUGGGUGUAGAAAAACUGGACAUCUUAACAGAAUUAAAAUACAGGAACUUAAGGCACAUUCUUGCUGUGAUUUUGGAUUCCUUGACAGCAGAAAGCCUAUGGAGGUAA